AUGGGUGAUAAUCAGUCCAAUGCCGAAAUGUUAAAAGUAAUCGUGGAUCAACUUCAUGUAAUGCACGAUGGAAUGAAUAGGCAUGAAACAAGGAUGGAUGCCAUUGGAGAGACGUUGCUUAGAGUGGGUGGAAGGGUAGAGGAAUUAGAGAAUUCCACUACCACCCAUGGCGAGUCCCAUUUUCGUAACAAUCAAGAAGAUAGAAGUUUCAAACUAGACCUUCCUGAAUUUGAUGGUUCUAGUGAUCCGGAGGUUUUUUAUGAUUGGGUACGAAGAUUAGAGAAUAUUUUUGAGUAUAAAAAGUAUGAUGAUGAUAAGAGUUGUAAAAUGGCUACUCUUAAAUUGACAAAACUUGCUGGGCUUUGGUAUGAUAACCUCAAAGCCAAGAGAAGGAGAGAAGGGAAAGAAAAGAUUGCAUCUUGGGAAAAACUCAAGAAGAAAACGGAGCAACGUUGGGUCCCACGUGAAUAUGUGCAGGAUCAAUAUGUCAAAUUAACUCGCCUAAAUCAAGGUAAGCGUAAUAUUGAUGAAUAUGUACGUGAGUUUGAGAAACUUAGCUUGGUGUGUGACAUACAAGAGAAGGAACCACUCAAAAUUGCGCGUUUCACAAAGGGGCUUUCUAAACCAAUCUCUAAUAAGGUGGAUCUUCUACCUUAUUCCACUUAUGAUGAGGUUGUGAAGGCUGCUAGGAAGGUUGAAGCACAAAACAAAGAGGAGAAGCCGAAGAAUGCUCCAAGACCCCCUUUUAGAGCGUUCUCUUCCGCGGGAAAAGUUGAUUCUUUUCCUAGCCCUUCUAAAUCAACUGUUCCUACUAACCCUUCGAAAACUUAUGGAGGAAAACCAGAUUUCAAGCAAGAUGCAUCCAAAAGAACUUGUUACAAGUGUCAUGACAGAGGACAUAUUGCUAGUGAAUGUCCAAAACGGAAUACACUUACUAUUCAAGAAGGAGAGUGGGGUUCCGAAGAAGAGGAAGAGGAGGAGGAAUAUGAGGAAUAUGGUGCUGAAGAAAAUGACGCUCCAUUAUGUGGUGUUGUGAGAAGACUUCUACAUUCCGAACCUCUCAAAGAUAUGCAACAACGAGAGAACCUUUUUCAUACUAGAUGCAAGGUUCAAGACAAGGUUUUUGAUGUGAUUGUUGAUGGAGGAUCAUGCACGGAUGUGGCCUCAACUGAACUUGUAAGUAAGCUUAAAUUACCUACACGAAAUCAUGCUAAACCUUACAAGUUAAAUUGGCUGGAUAAUGACACCGGUUUAAAGGUUAAGAAACAAGCACUACUUUCAUUCACUAUAGGAAAUUUUUAUGAUGAACGUUGGUGUGAUGUUUUACCUAUGAGUGCGUGUCAUAUUUUGCUUGGUAGACCAUGGCAAUUUGAUAGAAAAGCUAUUCAUGAUGGUGUUUCUAAUGUCUAUACGGUCACUACCAAAUUAGGAAAGAAGAUUAGGUUGUUACCUUUGCCCCCUAAGGUUGAACCUAUGGUGGAAAAGAAACCAAACUUCCUUAUGUCUAGGAAGGAGUUUGAGGAAGAAUGCGUGAUAGAAGGAGGAGGGUUUCUGCUUAUUGUAAAGCCCAUUGUUGAUGAUGUUUCUCAUGUGGCUAACUCUAUUCCGUUGAGAAACUUGCUUAAAGAAUUUGCAGAUGUGUUUCCCGAUGAUUUGGCUAAAGGGUUGCCUCCAUUUCGUGGUAUUGAACAUGCAAUUGAUUUGGUACCGGGAGCCUCAUUACCAAACAAGGCAGCCUAUAGAUGCAAUCCCGAGCAAGCUAAGGAGUUGCAAAGACAAGUUGAAGAACUCAUGGAAAAGGGCUAUGUGCGUGAAAGCCUUAGUCCAUGUGCGGUGCCUGCCCUUUUGGUGCCAAAGAAAGAAGGAACUUGGAGGAUGUGUAUUGAUAGUCGUGCCAUCAACAACAUAACUAUUAAAUAUAGAUUUCCCAUGCCAAGGCUACAAGACAUGCUUGAUGAAUUAAAUGAUAUUCUAGUAAAUAGUAAAACUGAAAAUGAGCAUUUGAUACAUUUGAGAGUUUUACUUCAGGCAUUGAGAGAGCAUAAAUUGUAUGGAAAAAUGGAAAAAUGUACUUUCAUGUGUAGUAGUAUUUCUUUCCUAGGCUACAUUGUUUCAAGUGAAGGAGUACAGGUUGAUCCCGAGAAGGUGAAAGCUAUCUCAACAUGGAGGGUACCCAAAGAUGUUCAUGAGGUUAGAAGUUUUCAUGGACUAGCUUCAUUUUACCGAGUCUUCAUCAAGAACUUUUCCACUCUUAUGGCGCCUUUAACGGAGCUGUUGACGAAAGGUGCAACUUUCAAUUUGAAUAAGGCACAAUUGCCUGAAAUGGGAAGUUGA